GGGCCAAAGAUUGCCCCAAAAAUGAAAACAUGUGGCGGACAGCAGUAACGUCAUGAAGGGAUACCAUGGAAGCCACAGCCAAUAUCCUUGUCACUGUGUUCCUGAAGACUGUGACCAAACACAAAAAUAUUUACACCAUAGCCAGGACCCUCAUCAGUCAUUUCUGCCUGACAUCACAGAGCCCUACUCCUUGGACCACCGUUACUAUACCCCGCGAGGCACGGCAAUGCCAUCUGAGUGUCAAUCAGCAACAAUAAGUAUCCCUGAGCCACUGAAUGCUAACAGCAGUACUUUUCCCAGGAUGCACCACAGUCAGCAGUUCGAUUCUUGUGAAGAGUGCAUGGCAGUAGCACAAACAUCAAGUAAGAUUAAUAGAUUACCUGCGAAUCUGCUGGACCAGUUUGAGAAGCAGAUUCCUCUACACCAUGAUGGUUUCCACACACUUCAGUAUCAGAGGACUGGCACUUCAGAGCAGAGAAGUGAGAGUCCAAGCAGAAUUCGCCACUUGGUGCAUUCUGUUCAGAAACUGUUUGCCAAGUCUCACUCCUUAGAAGCUCCUUCUAAGAGAGAGUAUAAUGGAACUAAAAUUGACCUUCGUAGUGGUGACAGCUAUCAUCAUCACCAUCACUCACGACAUAGCAAGAGGAGCAAGAGUAAAGAGCGCAAAUCAGAGUCCAGACAAAGGGCAAAGAUUACAGGGUGGUGGAGCUCUGAUGACAAUUUAGACAGUGACAGUGGUUACUUGGUAUCUGGUAGGCAUAUCUUAGACCCCACUAGUCAAUACUGUGUUGAUAUGCCAGAAAGUGCCUUCAGAGACCUAACUUUAAAAAGUUUAAAGAGUAGCAGUGAGGGAAAGUGUUUAGCCUGUGCAGGCAUGUCCAUGUCACUGGAUGGGCAGGCACUCAAGAGAAGUGCUUGGUCCACGAUGACUGUUAGCCAGGCGAGGGAAUCAUAUCCUGGCUCAGCAAUGAGUCAAGAGAAACCUAUGCUAUUGCAAGAAGGCAAGACAAAGGAAAGGACUUACCACUACCUACAGGUACCCCAAGAUGACUGGAGUGGUUACCCUGGGAUCAAAGAUGGAGAGAUUCCCUGUCGGCGGAUGCGAAGUGGUAGCUACAUCAAAGCCAUGGGUGAUGAUGACAGUGGUGACUCAGACACAAGUCCCAAGAUGUCACCAAAGGGUAUACCUCAGAAUGAGAACUACCACAGGACAUCGAGUGUUGAUCAGAUCCGGUCUAAAUAUUCUUGCAAGCAUUGUUCUGAUUCCUACAUUUGUAACAGGCCCAGUUCUUCUACACCUUCCAAGCUGCAUUCCCGAAGUUUCAGUUAUGGGCGCUCUUUUAAUGCCAGCCAGCUAAGGGACCAGCUCACCCGCCGUCACUUUGAGACAGCAUGCGAGUCCGUUUUUGGGGAAGUGGAAUCACAAGCUGUGGAUGCCCUUGAUCUUCCUGGCUGCUUUCGGAUGCGCAGUCACAGCUACCUCCGUGCCAUACAGGCAGGCUGUUCACAAGAUGAUGACUGCCUUUCAGUGUUUUCCAUGUCUGCCCCAGCUCUACCUUCCUCAUCGAGCGGUAUAAUGAAGUCAAGCGUCUCUUUCAACUACAGGAAAGCACCACCACCCAUCCCUCCAAGAAUUGCUACAAAGCCUAUCAUCUCCAUUACAGCACAAAGCAGCACAGAAUCAAACCAGGAUAACUACCUUCCUAGAGAGGUAACCCCAGCCCCACCUUGGCCUAAAGAAGUCAAAACUCUUUGCAAUUCUACUGACAGCCUAGACAGUGCCAAAGUUCUGAGCAUGUCUGGAGAGUCAUCCACUACCCAGUUUAGGACUCCUAUGAAACCUGCCACUGUGAUCAACCAUAAAGGAAUCAUGUGCCGAACAGAACCAAAGAUCGAAAAAAGAAUAAGAAAAUGGUGUCCUUCUAUUGGUGUCCAGGUUGAUAGUUCAGAAACUGUUUCUGAUUCUGACACUGAAAGUAAAAGCCAGAGGGAAUUCCACUCGAUUGGAGUACAAGUAGAAGACAAGAGGCGAGCACGAUUUAGACGAUCAAAUAGUGUAACUGCUAGUGUUCAGGCGGAUCUGGAACUAGAAGGCUUCCACAGCCUCUCUGUAGCUACUGAAGACAAGGCCUUGCAGUUUGGACGACCAUUUCAGCGGCAUUCCUCUGAACCUGGGACAUCCAGCCAGUACACAGUCUAUAGGACAGUUCAUACCCAAGGUGAUUGGGCAUACCAAGACUAUCCCUUGCAUUACGAUGCGGUAGAAAUACCACAACAGGACUCUUGGACAGAGCCCAUUUCCCGCAGCUUGCCCAAUUCUGGAAGGGCAUCACCUUGCAUUCGAGAUGGCGAAUGGUUUAUAAAAAUGCUACAAUCAGAAGUGGAAAGAAUGGAAGGAUGGUGUCAGCAAAUGGAGCGAGAUGCAGAGGAAUAUGACCUUCCUGAAGAGAUCCUGGAGAAAAUCCGAAGUGCAGUUGGCAGUGCCCAGCUUCUUAUGUCACAGAAGGUUCAGCAGUUUUAUGGGCUUUGUCAGCAGAACAUGGAUCCAAAUGCAUUCCCAUUACCCACCUCUCAGGACCUAGCAGGAUUUUGGGAUCUACUCCAGCUUUCCAUUGAGGAUGUAUCCGUGAAGUUUGCAGAACUUCAACAACUUAAAGCCAAUGGAUGGAAGCUAGAAAACAAGGAAGAAAAGAAGGUUCCUCCUCCAAUACCAAAGAAACCAUCUCGAUUGAGAACACAUCCAACAAAAGAAAGGUCAAUGGAGCAGGCAGAAAGGCAGAGACUUGAAGCAAGAAAAAGACUGUUAUCAGCAAAGCGAGCAGCAUCUUUCAGGCAAAGCUCAGCAACAGAAAGUGCUGAUAGCAUAGAAAUCUACAUCCCUGAGGCUCAAACCAGGCUGUGAAUGCACUGGGCCAUGUGCUCUCUUCAUGUUUCCUCUUUCUCAAGAGAGGACAGCAGAGAGGCAGAUAGAAACCGAAACAAAACAUAUUUUUACUGUGAAUAUCUUAGGUAUUUUUAUUUACUUUUCUACAUCAAGAAGUAGGACGCGACUGCUACCUUCUGUAAUAUUUUGCUCACCUGUUUUCUUACAGGUAGCAAUAUGAACUCGAAGAUCCUAUAUGGUUAGAAAUUAUUAGUUUGUGAAUCUAUUGUAUUAUUGUGAUAGCAACAUCCCUAAUCUCCUAUUGUCUAUGUUUAAGGAAAAAGUACAGAAAAAAAGAAAGAACUGAUAGACAGAGAAUGAUUCAUAUUUUCUCCAAGGAGCAUAAUUAUUAUUCCGGGCAUCAAAAAGCAAGCACCGUGCCUCUGAUUCGCUGCUAACUUUUAACACAGUGAACCGUUUUUGUCAUGAUUUAAAUCCAGGGUGUCAAAUUCAGAAGGGCUGACCUUUAAAACUGGUUCUGUCACCUCAGUUAUCCUGCCAUCAUGCAGACUGCAGUCCAAGAGACCAGAACAUCCAGUGUUACUAAAGAACAGAAAAUAAAUGUAGAUCCUAAGUAGGUAGUACAGAAAGGCAGUGUCUCUGAGGAAGCAACCUGUAGUUGUCUGAAGGGGUAAAGGGGGACACAAAUUUCUUAUCAUGCUAUAUAAAAUUACUUUCUCAUUGUUGUACUAGCUAAGAUUGUAAUACUUGAAUGCAGAUACUAAUUUCGUGUCCAUAUUGUAGCUAGCACACAUUAAAGUCUGAAGAAAGUGCAGCUUUUACAUCUCUCCUGAAAAAUGUAGUAUUUGUAUUGUAUGCACUUGCCUCAUAAUAGCUGAUACUGGUAGAAUGAUGAAAUUAUUUUUGUUUUAGUUCUUUCAAGAAACUGCAUUCUGUGGAAAUUACUUUUCCUAAAUACAGGUCUUGUAAAGGGACUGAAUACCAACCAGUUCACUGCUUAUUUAUAAUAUUAAACCACAUGAUGCUACAGUAUUGGUAGUUUACACCAAGGUUCAUGGACUUCUCCCAAAACACCCCCGUCUUUUUUUAAUCUUGGUAGAUAGAGUACAUUUAGGAUUGCUGAUUUUUAUUAUUACUUCCAAUGUAUGCUGCAUAACAAAAUAUACAUUUGCUGUGACCUCUACAACAUUAAAAGUAAGCAGGCUCAGUAUAGCAGUAGGCUAUAAAGAAUGCAGAAAUAAACAAACCAAAAAAGUAUCACAUGAUAAGCUGUGUGUAUUUUUUGGCAUUAAAGUUUAGGCAAAGUAGCCUGUGUAUUUACUUGAUAUUAAAAGGAGCUACUCGCUCCUUACAUGACCAUUCUUUAUUUGUCAGCUAGCAUUACUAAAUUUUAAAGCCAAUUCAAAGGUGAGAGGCUCCAGGAGUCUGGGUUACAACCUUUCUUCUUCUUCUUCUUUUGGCUUUUUCCCAGUUAGGGGUCGCCACAGCAGAUCACCUUGUCCGCUCAUGAUCUAAAUGCCAAAAUACUGGUGACUUAUAUGACCCAGUGCUAGUAAUAAGAAUAAACUUCUUCUGACACAGAGGAAGAAGGCAAUUUGCCACAAGUAUGUCAAAAAGUACAUAGAGUUUGAUUUAAUUUGCUCCUGCGGAAUGAACUAAUUUCUUCAUGCACUGGAUGAGAUACAUUCUCAUUACAGAAAUACAGAGCUGCUUUUUAACAUCCAUGAUACUAGCGUGUAGGAAACCCCAACUUCACAGCCUCAUUGGUGAUGUUAAGUAGAAGCCUGUCAUGCUGAAAUAUCUAAAUUCACUUCAACAGCUUCCAAAACAAAAUCCUGUUUACUUGAGCAUUUUUAUGUCUUGAUCUGUUUCCCACUUUAGCUUAGCUGCCAGUCUGAGUCAGAUUGUAAAUUGCAUCAUACAUUUAUGUGUACAUCAUUUUGUCUGUCUGUAUUGCCACUAAGGAGGACCAUGGCAUUUACAGGUAUUUGGAUUCUCUUUUGUCUCCCUAUUAGUCUCUAAUAAAAGCUGAGAGGAAGAGUAACAUACAUUAAUGCACAUGGCAUGCACCAGUAGUAGGUAUUUCCACAAACACACUAUCCUAACUAAGCAGUGUAAGUAGCAUACUCACCUCUGGUGCAGAAGGCUGUGGGUUCUAUUCUCACACCAAGUAUAUUGAUUGCUGACACUACAGCACAUCC